CGGAGCCCCGCAGUCCCACAAGGCGCCGCGGGCCGCGGCCGCCACGCGAGUUCCGGGCGGGGCGUUCCCCGCGCCCGUAGCAACCGCAGCGUUCGGUAUCCACGGCCAUGGCAAAAGCAACGACCAUCAAAGAAGCUCUAGCCAGAUGGGAAGAGAAAAGUGGCCAAAAGGCUUCAGAGGCAAAGGAAGUGAAGCUUUAUGGGCAGGUUCCUCCUGUGGAAAAGAUGGAUGGCGCUCUCUCUGCUCUUGUUAACUGCGAGAAACUGUCGCUGUCUACAAACUGCAUUGACAGAAUCGCCAACCUGAACAACCUAAAAAAUUUGAGGAUCCUGUCUUUGGGAAGAAAUAACAUAAAGAACUUGAAUGGAUUGGAGGCAGUUGCUGAAACUUUAGAGGAGCUGUGGAUCUCAUACAACUUAAUUGAGAAACUGAGGGGUAUCCGUGUAAUGAAGAAACUGAAGGUUCUUUAUAUGUCAAAUAAUCUGGUGAAAGACUGGGCAGAGUUUGUGAGACUGGCAGAGGUGCCAGUACUGGAGGAGCUGGUGUUUGUGGGCAAUCCACUACAAGAGAAAUUUGCUGCUGAUCAGAACAGUUGGAUUGAAGAAGCGACAAAACGAGUACCCAAGCUGAAAAAACUGGAUGGUACCUUAGUUGUUAAAGGAGAAGAAGAAGAAGGAGCAGAAGGAGCAGAAGGAGCAGAAGGAGCAGAGGGAGCAGAAGGAGGAAACUGAUGACACUUUCUUGUUAGGUAUUAAAUUAUUAAAGUAACUCCAGAUAGCUUGGUACAUAAACUUUUACAAAAGUAUUUGUUUUGAAGAAAAUCUUUGGGCAGUUUUUAAAAGACCAGCUUAUCUCUACAGUCUCUCACCCAAAGAGUUAGUUACCAAAAAUUGCUCACUGGUUUUGUCAAGCUUAUGACACCUUCUGUAGAGACUAGUGGAGCUGAGUUUACCUGCUGUUUGGCUAGCAAGAGAUCUUUAUUUAAAUUAAUACACAGCUAUUUUUAAUUCCUGAUUAGUGGUGCUUGUUGUUGACUCUUGGGUUAUAAAAGAGCUGGUUUAGCUUAUUUGGUGCUACUGGCCAACACUGAAUUGGAAACUGUGAGGCCAAAAGAGCAAUGUUAUGGCUUAGAGACACCUGACAAGCUUUGUUGUGUUUAAUUUUGUCAUGGGGCUUUAUCAAUAUUUUUAAUAUGUGAGUUUGCCUUUUCAUUCCUUGAAGUGUUAUGCCAAACAAGCCCAGUAGCUGCAGACAUACGCACACAGAGGUGUUGGUCAAUACCAACAAGAGUGCUUGUUCCUGGCCUGAAGUCUCAAAAUGGGCUUCUCACAUUGGAACUCUACUGCAUUGCUUAGAAGGUCAUGAAUAACUUAUAUAUUUAUUUAUUUUUAAGAGGCAGUGGGAAUUCUUUGCAUGGUUUCAGUAAGACUAAAAUACCUGCUAACUCUGGGUUUUGUCUCUUACUAAGAGAUUACUUUAGAUUGGAUAUGUGGCCUAUUAGCCUACAGCUGGUUUCUGGCUUUGCACUGGUCACUGGUGGACAUAAUCCUUCUCAGCUCUCAAAUCUUCCUAUAACUAGGUAGGCUGAUAGUAACAGAGAAACUAACAGCAAACAGAAGACCUGGCCUUGAGGACAGAAAAUUUAGAUUUUCGGGAUACUCAUUUUUUGUGAAGGCACAGGUAUAAGCAGUGAGAGAAAGUAUAUAUAGUUAGUGGGGACGGUGAGAGAUGAGAUGAGAUGAGAUGAGAUGAGAUGAGAUGAGAUGAGAUGAGAUGAGAUGAGAUGAGAUGAGAUGAGAUGAGAUGAGAUGAGAUGAGAUGAGAUGAGAUGACGUGAUGUGACGUGACGUGACGUGACGUGACAUGACAUGACAUGACAUGAUGAGAUGACGAGAUGGGAAGUGGGCACUAGUAAAAAAGGAAAUGAAGAGGUACUGAAUGUGCUAUAUUGCAGGGUAACGAGUUUUAGUAAAGCCCCCUUAUGUGGCUAUUUCUAGUGAAAAGCAUUAAAUAACAAUGAAGAAAUACCUGAUUGCACUGUGGGAUACCAAUAGUGUGGUUUUUCUUCUCUCUGAAGAAUAGAUGGAGUCACCUGCGUAGAUUCUUCUGCAGUUCCUUCUUGUUUUUUUAACAAGCUUUUCUUCUAAUUUGUGCUACCAUCUUUUUUUAAAUUGAAGUGACAACAAGUAUAUCUGCUGGUUCCAGCCCAGGCAUAGAAAGGAUGGGGGCAGAAUGCCACUCUUAGUAACUUUUGAAGAUGUGGCAGGAGUUGAAAUCUUGAAAGUCAAGUUCAGCGAUGAAAUGGUAGAAUUGGCCCAGGCAACAGUGAUACUGAUCUCAUGCUCCAGGUAUAAUUGCAGUAGGUGAUUCUCUCUAGUUAGUUUCUAAGUGAACACUGUGAAGUAAAUGAUUACAAGACAAUCACAGUUUAGUUUCAAUGUAUUGCUACUUAAUCUGUGAUUUUUAGAGGAAUUCUAAAGCAUUCCAAUUUAAGUUGGCCUUUGCUGAAGAGGUUUGAGUUUGAUUUGGAUCUGUUACUAAAAGUAAGGUUACGAGCACAAUGGCAAGAACUCUGGACAUUCUUCACCCAGCACCAACUGUGUCCAGGCAGCUGUUCUCUUUACCAGAAACUACUUUGUUAGCUACUUCACUGGAUUUAGACAACUUCAUUUUCAUUUGUUAUUUCUUUGGAAGUAUUCUCGUAGCUUUCUCAUGAGUAAAGGCAGCAUUGACAAAGAAGCCCGUGGAGGAGUGUCUACAGUCAGCAGUCAUUUCACACGUCUUUUGAAGCCAAGCCACUCUGUUCACUUGCAGCCAGGCACUCUUGGCAAGGUGGGUGUGCCUGGGCAGCUCAGAGCCCGAGGCACACUCAGGCCAUCUGCUGGGGGGCCACAGGGGAUUGGCUGUGCCCUUGACAACUGUAGAUAAAGUGUGGCUCAUGUGAGCCAGAGCUUGACUGACUCAGAACUUGCCUUCUGAAUGUUCCCAACAAGCAGAAAUGCCAAAUUCAUCUCUGUGUUUGGAGAUGUUUUCAGAACAGACCGUGUGGUGCUCUUCACCUGGUGCUUGGCCACACAGAAAAGUGGCUGAAGCUGUGGACCUGGUCUCUCCCAGCACAGCUGCAAGCAUGGUGGGUAUGGCUGGGUUAGCUCCAAACAUGAUUGUGAGGAAAAGGAGGAAAAGGGAGUGACAAGCACCAUCCAAUGCCAAGUGAUCCUGCUGGCUGAUUCUUUAAAUAUGGCUUAAGUCUGUACAUUUCCAAAGAUUAUUUUAGAUACAGCAAAUACUCUGCACUUUGGCUAUAUUGGGGCAUUCUGAGAGCAAAAUAGAGACUUAGUGUUCUGACUAUGUUGUAAUGAUUGAAGUGAAACACAGAUCCAUUGACAAAUUGCGAGGGAUAAGGGCAGUUCCUGGCUCUUGUAGAGGCUACACCUAUGGGCAUCAGUCCAGAACUAUUGUAGGUGGUGGUAGAGCUGGGUGGAUUGUGUGGCACACUGGCAUUGGUACUUUCCACAGAUCAAAUGGCACAAAUUCUCUAGCUCUUUACUUUGGGAGCUGCAUAAUGAAUACCAACAAAAAAGGGAAAGAAAUCAUUAUUGAAGGAAGGGAGCAUCCAGUCUUAGCAUAUAAUUUAAAACCCUUCUGAUAAAAACUAUAUGUCAGUCUCAUUGAAACAAUACAGUAAGAAAAGAAUUGACUGUGGCUUUUGUUUGUCAGGAGAUGCUUUGUCUCAAAGCUGGUAGCUUCAUUUUACCUUGCUUUGCCUAAUGAGUCAUGAUAACUCUCAUGAACAAAACAACCCCUCCAAACGUUUUCUCCUCCAAAGUAAAUUUUCCAUAUCUUUUUAAAUUUGCACUUUAAAAUUAGGCACUGGAUGUGGUGGAAGGCAUAGAGAGGCGGUAGAAUUAAAACAGCUGGUUUGCAUAUUGAUGAUACUACACAAUGUUAUGUAUAAGGUGACAGUGACACCCUGGCCUGUGCACGCACAGGGACAUUGGAGUGAGAUGCUGGAAGGCCUGGCUUUCACUCGAACACUCUGCUGUUCCCUAUCACAGCACCCCAGUGAAGCACUAAGCACACUGUUAUUCAUGGAUGAAAAGAGCACCCAUGUAAAACGUGCAAGCCAUGUGGAAUUCUGCUUUUCCCAGUGAAGUUACAGAGGACUAGCAUCCACUUUAUUCCUUAGAGAAAUAUCCUAAAAUUAAAUUAGUGGUAGGAACUAGCUAGGUUUUUUGCUUGCUUGUUGGCACGCUCACCUGUCUUUGAAGAGCUGAGUGAUGUCUGCAGUGAUUAUUGAGAACCGAUGGAAAAACUACAGAAGAGACCUGAGAGCCAGCAGAUGAUGCAGGUUACACUAGAAGCAGGCUCAUUUAGAAAAACUUGCAAGCAAGAGAGCACUUUUAACAUCCCCUUUGGCAAUCUUUCAUAUACAGUAAUUUUGUAGCAUGAAAACUGUUAAAUUUGCUGUGUUUAAAUUAUUUAGGGCUAUGUUAAUAAAUGUUAUUCUGUGAAACUUGUUCAAAAAUAAUAUAACUUUAUUUUAUACAAAUGUCUUUGGCUGAUGUGUAAUGAAAUAGUUCAGCUUGUGAAGAGCAUUUGGGAGCUAACUUUUCUCACUAAACUUUCCUAGCUGCUCAGGAA